UCCGUAUCAAUUUUUCUCAACUCUCAUGUAUGGGCCGAUCUUCUCUCUUGCAAAAUGAAGUAGACGGUUCAGAUAUGCAUUGUUCCAGCUUUUGGAUUCAGAUCAUUCCAACACCAUUCUUCUUGCUUUUGGAGUCCGUAAGUUAUCCGGGUAAUUGAUAAAAUGGAAGAAGCCCGUGAAUGGAUGUAUAAGCGUAGAAGUCGGACUUCCGGUAAUCUAAAUCCAGAAUUCAUAGAUGGUGUUAGAUUUUUCUUAAAUCACGCAUUUACCAUAGCUGCAAAUGAAGAAGAAAGUAUGGUGAAAUGUCCUUGUAAGAAAUGCCAAUUAAAAAAGUAUUAUGAUAGAGAUACUAUUGAAAAGCAUUUAUGUGCCCAUGGAUUUAAAGAAAAUUAUUAUAGAUGGGAUUGUCAUGGUGAAGAACUACCAAUAAAUCCGAGUAUAUAUCGAGGGUAUACACCUUAUGAUGUGGACAGUUCUUGUGAUACAUCACUAUGUGGUAAUAGUAUUGAACAGAAUAACCUGAUGGGAUGCACGCAGAUGGUUCGGGAAGCAAUGCAUCCAUUCUUUGUUAGACCAGAAUAUGAAGAGAAUGAUUUUAAUAUGUCUGGGUUUAAUGAAUAUGGAGAAGAUGAUGAGGUGGUCGUUGAAGAACCAAAUGAAAAAGCACGCGAAUUUUAUAAGCUGUUAGAAAAUGCAUCUGCUCCUUUGUAUGAUGGUUGCACAGAUCAUAGUAGAUUGUCUGUAGUUGCAGAACUCUUAAGUGUUAAGAGUCAGUAUAACAUGUCUGAUGCAUGUUUUGACAGAGUUGCUUCGAUUGUGGAACAAAUAGUUCCCGGUGAUAAUAAAUUACCAAAGACCCUAUAUCAGUCAAAGAAGAUGGUUAGCGGAUUGGGGUUACCUUAUUAUAAAAUAGAUGCAUGUGAGAACAAUUGCAUGCUAUUUGAUGGGAAUGACAAGGAUUUGGCAUAUUGUAGUGUGUGUGGCGCCUGCAGAUACAAUCCAGAUACGAUGGACCGCGGAGGGAAAAAGAAACCUGUGCCCAAAAAAGUUUUGCGCUAUUUGCCGAUAACAGAGCGUUUAAAACGGAUGUACAUGUCAUCAAAAACAUCUCGACUUAUGACUUGGCAUACACGAGGUGCUUCAUCUACUUGCACUACUAUUUCACAUCCAUGCCAGUCAGACGCAUGGAAACACGUCGAUAAGACAUUUCCUGACUUCGCAUUGGAGCCUCGAAAUGUACGGUUAGGUUUAUGCACGGAUGGAUUUAAUCCAAAUUCAGAUUUUAGCAAUCCAUACUCAAUUGGCCUGUUUUCAUUGCUGUAUACAAUCUGCCUCCUGAACUUUGCAUGAAAGAGCCAUACAUUUUUAUGGCCAUGUUGAUUCCAGGACCUCGAUCACCAGGGAGGAACAUUGAUGUCUUCUUAAGGCCACUUAUUGAGGAGUUGAAAACUUUAUGGAAUGUCGGGGUUGAGACAUGGGAUGCUUGUCGAAAACAAAACUUCAGAUUGCGAGCGUGCCUUCUCUGGACAAUAAGUGACUUUCCAGCAUAUGGGAUCAUUGUUCUAAAACUCGCUAGGCGCUAGUCGGGCGGUUGAGGGGCGCCUAGCGCCUAGGCGGCCGACUAGGCCGAUUUUUUGGCCGACUAGGCCGAUUUUUUGGCCGACUAAACCGAUUCGGCCUCUACGGUUAGGGCCGACUAGGCCGCCUAGGCCGAUUAAUCGGUCCGCCUAGGCCGAUUUUUAGAACAAUGUAUGGGAUGUUAUCAGGUUGGAGCACUCAUGGUAGAUUAGCAUGUCCAUACUGUUUGGGUGAAGGAGUGAGCCAACAGCUUAAAUUUGGGAAGAAGCCAUGUUGGUGGGGUUGUCAUAGGAGAUUUUUAGGAACACAACAUGCAUUUCGCCGUGAUAGACAAACAUGGGGAGUUUUUGGGGUUGAACAUCGAAACCCUUGUCCAAUAGUUUCAGGUGGUGAAAUUUUGAGGUGGAUUGAGAGCAUUGAUUUUCCACCAUUUGGGUCACAAUAUGACAAUUUACGUGCUGAUGGGUUUGGUCGAUCACACAAUUGGAUUAAAAAAUCCAUUUUUUGGGACUUGCCAUAUUGGAAGCAUUUGCUCGUCCGACAUAAUCUUGAUGUAAUGCAUAUAGAGAAGAAUUGUUUUGACAAUGUCUUCAACACGGUUAUGAAUGUCAAGGGGAGGACUAAGGACAAUUCCAAUGCUAGGCGUGAUUUGGAGGUUAUGAACAUUCGCAAAGAGUUACAUUUAUAUACUCAUAACACAGCCACAUACCAGCCCAAAGCAAGUUAUGUUCUUGACAAGUCUUGUGUUGUUGACAUUUGUAACUUGUUGAAAAAUGAGGUGAAACUUCCUGAUGGUUAUGCCUCAAAUAUAGGGCACUGUGUCAACACAAGUAAUAACACAUUCUAUAGCAUGAAAAGUCAUGAUUGUCACGUGUUCAUGCAACGCCUUCUUCCGAUUGCAUUGCGUGGUUACCUUAGGUUGCCGAUAUGGGCUGCAAUUUCUGAAUUCUGUAAAUUUUUUAGACUUUUAUGUGCGAAGGAACUUUGUAUUGCAGACAUUGAGAAACUGCAGGACGCUAUUGCUGUUACACUGUGUAAGCUCGAAAAAAUAUUUCCCCCAGGAUUUUUUGAUUCUAUGGAGCAUUUGACAGUACAUCUACCAUGGGAGCUAAAAACUUGUGGACCAGUUCAAUUUCGUUGGAUGUAUCCAUUUGAGAGGUUGAUGAAAAAGUUAAAGGAGAAGGCAAAAAACAAACAAUUCCUUGAGGGGUCUAUUGUUGAGAAAUUCUGGGUUCAAGAGAUCGCUUUAUUUUGUGAGCAUUACUUUGAUAACAACUUGGGUUCUCGCGUAAAUCCUCAUAUAAGGAAUGAAGUUUUGCCUAGUAUGUUGACCAUAGGGGAAUCAUCUAACGAUUCGGAGAAGCUGUCUAUUUUCAAGCACCCCGUACGGAAUUUUAGUCGGAUGUCGUACCGUGCAUUGACAAAUGAGGAGCUCCACCAUGUUCAUAGUUAUGUCCUUUUCAAUUGUCCUGAGGUUCAGCCGUACAUCGAUCAUUUUGAGAGUCAAAUACGACAAUCAUUUCCGAUGGUCACUGAAUCUGAUGUUGCCGAACAAAGAAUGACAACCUUCGCUAAGUGGUUUGAAAAAAUGGCGGAAGAAUUCCCCCAAAACUUUACUUCAUCACUUGUUGAAUUAUCUCAAUGGCCAAAGAAGAAGGCCAAAGCAUAUGGUGGGUCGUACGCUAAUGGAUACAAAUUUCACACCAGAGAAUAUGGAGAAGGUAAGCGCACGUCCAAUUGGGGAGUUUGUGUACUCGGAGAAACUUCUGGGGAUGGACAUUAUGAUUUUUACGGAAUGGUUGACGAAAUUUUCGUGCUUCGUUACAAAAACAAUGAGGUAACAAUAUUCAAAGGUACGUGGUUUGACCCAACCAAUGGUGUCCGAAUUCAUGAAGCAUUAGGCGUGAUUGACGUCCGUCACACAUCACGAUUACAUCCAGAGGAUCCAUUCAUUAUGGCCAGUCAAGCUCAACAGGUGUAUUAUUUAACAUACCCAACUGAGCGCUUGAGUGAUUGGCUAACAGUAAUCAAAACAAAGCCAAGGCAUAAAAUCCAAGGACUAUCAAAUCAUGAGCCGAUAAACCCAUUUGAUGAAGAUGCUGACCAAGAAGACAUUGUUGCAGAAGAUGCACUUGUACUUGAUGAUCCCGGACUUGAUGCUAGUGGACUUCUUUUGGAUUUUGAAACAACAGCAGAAAUUGUGAUUCCAGGCGAAGAUGAUGACGAUACAGAAGAUUCAGAGGAAGACAUUCCAAAUUACAUAUGAAUCCAACAUUUUAGGGUGUUCUUCGCCGUUCUUCUUCCAACGAGGGUUAUACUUUUGUCUGAGUCUGCCUUCUUCUAACAGAUAUGUCUUCAGGGGGAUCUACAUCGCGCGGUGGCGGCAAUGCCAUUCGUGGACGUCGCAAUAAUGGUGGCAGGAGUGCCUCUGAGAGAUUCUCUACAGCAGAUCAAAUAGUCCAAACUAAUGAAAACGGGUCACCCAACACCCCACCAUCAGAUGUGAGACCCUCAUUUACUUCAAAUCCCAGAACAGAGGCAUCUAUUCAGACCAACUUCACACCAGAAAUGGUCAGGCAAACACAACCUGAAACAGGACGUGAAUUGGGAUCGGGCCAACGUGACUACAUUAUUAUUGGAGACUUGAAACUAAAUGAUAAAGUCAAGAAGUCACUCGAGGUCAUUGCCUCAGAUUUGUUCACUGGAUGGCCUGCCAUUUAUGGAAAUCUGAAACCACAGGAUCGAGAGAAAUACAUUUCACGAUUCUCGCUGGACUACACCUGGGCUCCUUCUGACAAUGGGAAAAUGAUCUCCAAGCUCCACUCGGAGUUUAGUUGGCUUUAUUCGGCACGUUUGUCAAAUAUUAGAAAGGCUGCAAAAAAGAAUAUUCCUGACUUCGCUGAAAAUAAGGAUUAUACGAGACUUAUUCCCUUUCGAGCAGAACGUGUAACUUCUCAUGUGUGGACUAAGCUAUGACUCUACUGGAACUCAGACGAUUGGAAGAAGAAGUCAACCAUUGCAGGGAUAAAUCGCAUUGGGAACCUCGGUGAAGGUGAAGUUCCCGCAAAGACUAAAGGAAGAAAGUCCAAGGCGAAGCUUUAUGCUGAAAUUGAGAAAGAAUUAGGAAAAGAACCAACUGCUUUGGAGUUUGGAGAAAAGUGGGAUGCAAUUGACCCCACCACAGGUCAACCAUACCCAACACGGCAUGCUCGUUAUAUGGUUCUAUACCGCCAACGAAUGGAAGAAGUUCAUGGGCCAGAUCGGACACUGCAUCCUAUUAUUGAUCAUGAUAUUUGGUUGGAGAUCACAGGUGAUUCAAAAAGGCGUCGUUGGGUUGGUAUUCCUGAUCAAAUAUCAGAUCCUCAGUUGUUUCAACCAUCUAAACCAAUUGACGUAUUUCUUAAUUCACAGACAAGUGUAUGCUUUUAUAAAGUCAAACGGUUGAGCUCAGGAGUGAAAUAGAGACUAUGAGAGGUGGUAUGGCAGAACUUAAGGCACAAAAUGAGGCAAUGAGAGUUGAAAACGAGGAACAAAGAGCAAGCUUCAAUGCUGCAAUGAGCAAUGUGUGGGGCGUUCUUAUCAGUAUGGGUGUUGCUAGAACAAACAUGAUCCCUUCUAGCUUGGUUGCUGGUGGAUCAUCAACGCAACAUCACCAACCGGCGUUUUCGGGACAACUGC